AUGGUGACUGUGAUGGACCUGCAGCAUCCAGGCAAAGGCUGUAACAGUGCUUUCAAAAAAGUAAUCGAACACUUUGGGAGGUUGGAUAUUGUGGUCAACAACGCUGGAGUCAACAAUGAGAAGGACUGGGAAAGCACUAUACAAAUUAACUUGACAUCUGUGAUUAGAGGAACCUACCUCGGCCUAGAAUACAUGAGAAAAGGAAAUGGGGGAGAUGGAGGAGUAAUCAUUAAUAUCUCCUCUUUGGCAGGACUCAUGCCUGCUGCAUUCCAACCUGUGUACUGUGCUACAAAGCAUGGUGUAAUUGGAUUCACACGCUCAAUAGCAUUAGCAGCUAAUAUGGAAAACUACGGUGUGAGACUCAACACAAUUUGUCCAGGAUUUGUCAACACACCAAUUCUUCAGUCAAUAGAUAAAGAAGAGAAUAUGGGACAAUAUUAUUCAUACAAGGAUGAGAUCAAAAACAUGAUGCAGUUCUAUGGCGUGAUGGACCCAUCAAUAAUUGCUGAGGGACUGAUAACAAUAAUUGAAGAUGAUACUCUAAAUGGAGAAGUCAUGAAGAUUACAGCAUCCCAAGGGAUUCAUUUUCAACAAUACAGCCAAACACCUUUUACAUCAUCAAAGAGAUAAAUAAUUGUUUUACGCUAACUAUUUUUGGCUUUCCUUAAAUAUAAAAAAUUUUGAAAAUUGAAAAUUUUUGGAAAAAAAGGUCAGUGUUGUAUCUAAAGCAGUGACAAUUUUCAAACAUUCGCAUCCUAAUGACAAAGAGAUGGACAAGAAAAUCUGGUGUGGGAGAAUGGUAUCAUCUGAUUUUGACUCUAUAAGCACUAAUAAUAGUAUUUAUUCAGUAGAA